GCGCAUGCGCCUUACAUGGCUCUCCGCCAUUUUUUUCUUACCCGGUGCCAAUUUCGAAUUUGUGUUCGUUCUGUAUUUACCACUCCUUUUCUAAAAAUGCCGCCGAAAAAAAAGGAGGAAGAAAAACCCCCGCCAUUAAUGGGUAGAUUUGGCACGUCACUGAAAUGUGGUAUUGUUGGGAUUCCUAACGUUGGAAAAUCAACGUUCUUUAAUGUGCUGACCAAGAGCGCCGCUAGUGCGGAGAACUUUCCAUUCUGCACCAUAGAUCCCAAUGAAAGUCGAGUCCCUGUACCAGAUGAAAGAUGGGACUUCCUAUGUAAAUAUCAUCAGCCUGCCAGCAAGGUUCCAGCCUUUUUAAAUGUGGUUGACAUCGCUGGACUGGUGAAAGGUGCUUCUGAAGGGCAGGGGCUUGGGAAUGCAUUUUUAUCCCAUAUCUGGGCAUGUGAUGCCAUAUUCCAUUUAGUCCGUGCAUUUGAGGGGGAAGAUGUCACUCAUGUUGAGGGAGAUGUAAAUCCUGUCAGAGAUCUGGAAAUUAUUUCUGAAGAACUUAGAAAAAAGGAUGAAGAGUUCUUGACAGACCGCGUGAAUGGAAUGGAAAAGACUGUUGUAAGAGGUGGAGAUAAGAAAAGAAUGGGAGAGCUGGAAAUAAUGAAGAAGCUUCUUCAUUGGGUUGCUGAGGAGAAGAAGGAUCUUCGCUUUGGAACCUGGAAUGCAAAUGAGGUUGAAGUUCUAAAUAAACACCUUCUUCUUACCUCCAAGCCCUGCAUAUAUCUUGUGAACUUAUCAGAAAGGGACUAUAUACGCAAAAAGAACAAAUGGCUGGUCAAGAUUAAGGAGUGGGUUGACAGCCGCGACAAAGGAGCUGCCAUUAUCCCAUUCAGUGGUGAACUGGAGGCUAAGUUAGUAGAUCUGGGUGAAGAGGAGGCAGAGAAAUACUGCAAAGAACAUAAUACUUCUAGUGCACUGAGUAAAAUAAUCACCUUGGGUUUCAAGGCGCUACAGCUUCAAUACUUUUUCACAUGUGGCCCGGAUGAGGUCAAAGCUUGGACUAUAGUGAAAGGAACCAAGGCCCCGGGUGCUGCUGGGAAGAUUCAUACGGACUUUGAGAAAGGCUUCAUUAUGGCGGAGGUCAUGAAGUAUGAUGACUUUAAAGAGUGUGGCAGUGAAGCCGCAUGCAAGUCUGCUGGCAAGUAUCGCCAAGAAGGGAAGAACUACGUGGUACAAGACGGCGAUAUCAUUUUCUUCAAAUUCAACGCUGGAGCUGGUCUAAGUGACAAGAAGAAAAAGACGUAGGACAACAGAUUUUAUAUGCUAUGAUAAAUAAUGCCAACAAGGCUAACAACUCAAGACAGGGCUUUUCACGGUUCACACUGAUCGAAUCUUUCUUAAAACAAAUGCUCGGACAAAUCUCUUCGGAUAACAAAGGGAAUAGUAGUAGUUCAUGAGAUAGAAGACACUAAAUACAACAGCGAGAAUGCUGCAGCUAGAGCUUUGCAGUGAUCUUUUCCAACUUUAGUAACAUUUUUGUCAAUAACUGCUUUAACACAGAUCAACCAAACAAACUAUAGACAGUUAAAUUUUCUUCAAACAGUCAGCUACCAAAUACUCUUCUAGAUACGAGGUAGGCAUACUACUUAGAAUUCCUAUUUAGAUAAGGAGGCGUCUGGACGCUUAAAUACAGUACGAUCACUACACAGAUUGAUUCCCAAUCUUUAUUUGUUUUCUUUGUUACUCUUUUCUUCUCAUCUAUCUGAACGUUCUAACGACUACGAAUAAAUAUGAUUUUGUUGUUA